AUGCUAGUAAUGCCUUAUCAGACUGUAAAUAGCAUUGUUAAACGCUAUAAUACUUCUGGUAAGGUAUUACUACAAUCUCGUGGUGGUGACAGGCGUUCUAAACUUAGUUUAGAUAUAAAAGAAGCAAUUCUUGCCUGGGUGGAUGAUGAACCCAUUCUUAAGUUAAAAGAUUUAAGAAUAAAAGUCAUCGAGACUUACGAAAUCGAUGUAUCAAUCAGUACUAUUGAUCGAUGUCUUCGUCAAUUCCACUACACCUUAAAACGAAUUACAUUAGUCCCCGAGCGUAGAAAUAGUCAAAGCACUAUUGAAGCAAGGGCUGAUUACGAGUGUCAAUAUCGUACUCUGGAAGCAGAUAAUGAAGAUAAAAACUUUGUCUUUCUCGAUGAGGUAGGGUUUUAG